GCAGUCUGGGGGUAAUUAAUUACACGUUCGCCCACCGUGCUUUUCUGGCUAUGAUAUAGCAGCGAGCGAUUGCGGAUACUCGCGAAGGAAGGUCAGAAGGCCCACUCGUUUAUUUGUGGCGAACCCGCACCUGGCACAAACAUGGCCGACUUCUCGACAUAUCAUUCUUUAGGUCAGGGUGAGGAAGACAUGAGGACGGCGGGUGCGCCGCCGCAGUUCAACCCUCCGAUUGCUCAAGGGCACCCGAGCUACCAGCACAAUAAGUCUCCACAUGGGGAUAAUCCGUCCCCAAUGGGCCCCAUGGACUCAGCCGGAUAUUCGUCAGGAUUGCCUGGGGAAACUCAAGGAGGAGAUACAAUGGGAGGAUUAUCAUCUCAGAUGGGCGGCUUAGGGAUCAGUGGAGCCAUGGGCGGAAGCAUCCGUACUCACAAGAAAAAGGAUAGACAUGCUUAUCACGAUAUUGGUGUGCCGUCUCCUACCUCACAAACAUUCAAUGGGAUGGCACAAAGUGGGAUUCAGCUUCAAUCAGGAAUGAACCAACAACUUCCACCGAGCUCUCCAUAUUCUCACUCAGCUUCUCCAGGCUCACAACAGCCCUUACAAUCGGGACAGCCCUUUGGCGGGAGCGCUAAAUUUUCUUCUGCUGGAGAUGGCUCGGUUUCUACCCAAGGGAAGGUUGACCCUGAACAAGUUCCAGGCGUUCCAAUUGCACGCGAUGUUGCUGCACAAUAUUAUCUCAACCACGUAUAUGCCACGAUGGAACGUCACAUACCCCCUCCAGCAACUGUCCCUUUCGUAGCACACGAUCAAGGCAAUUCCUCUCCAAAGUUCGCUCGGCUUACACUUAAUAAUAUCCCUUCUACCCUCGAAUUCCUCUCGUCUACCGCACUUCCUCUCGGUAUGGUUCUCCAACCUCUUGCUCCCAUAGACUCUGGCGAACAACCCAUCCCUGUUCUAGACUUCGGCGACGCUGGCCCUCCCAGAUGUCGAAGGUGCAGAGCAUAUAUAAACCCCUUCAUGAUGUUCAGAUCAGGCGGCAAUAAAUUCGUAUGCAACAUGUGUACCUUUCCUAAUGAGGUACCACCUGAAUAUUUUUCGCCGCUGGAGCCGUCAGGGGUCCGGGUAGAUCGCAUGCAACGCCCCGAGUUGAUGCUGGGAACAGUUGAAUAUAUGGUACCUAAAGAAUAUUGGGGAAACGUUCCUGUAGGGCUACGAUGGCUAUUUCUGAUCGACGUUUCACAAGAAUCAGUAACUCGAGGAUUUUUAGAGGCUUCUUGCGAGGGAAUAAUUGGAGCCCUGUAUGGAGGUAGUAGCGAUGACCAAGAAACACAAGACCAAAAUACACGACCCGGAAAACUCCCUGCAGGGUCAAAAGUUGGAAUAAUUACUUUUGAUAAAGAAGUACACUUUUAUAACCUCUGCUCUCGCCUCGAACAAGCUCAAAUGAUUGUGAUGACCGAUCUUAACGAUCCUUUCCUUCCUCUGAGUGAAGGCCUGUUUGUUGAUCCUUAUGAAUCCAAGCAUGUCAUCUCAUCACUAUUAACACAAAUACCAACAUUAUUUUCACAUAUUAAAAACCCAGAACCAGCGCUAUUACCUGCCAUAAAUGCCGCCUUAUCCGCACUGGAGCAAACUGGUGGUAAAAUGAUUUGCACGCUAGCAAGCUUACCAACAUGGGGACCCGGCCGACUAUUUAUGAGAGAUGAUGGCAAAGGAUCGGGCACUGAUGCCGAAAAGAAGCUUCUCACCACCGAUCACCCUGGUUGGAAAAGAACUGCAAAUAAACUAUCUGAGAGUGGAGUCGGAAUUGACUUUUUCUUAGCCUCAUGUGGCGGUGCUUAUAUGGACGUAGCUACGAUCGGCCACGUGGCUGCAGUUUCUGGUGGAGAGACCUUCCUAUAUCCCAACUUCCAUUCUCCUCGCGAUGUCCUGAAGCUGUCAAAUGAGCUUUCCCAUGCUGUAAACAGGGAAACGGGUUACCAAGCUUUGCUAAAAGUCCGAUGCUCCAAUGGACUUCAAGUCUCAUCGUAUCAUGGUAACUACGUUCAGCACACUUUUGGUUCAGACCUGCAGUUGGGCAGUAUAGAUGCAGACAAGGCCUUUGGUGUUGUUUUCACGUAUGACGGAAAGCUUGAUACGAAGCUAGAUGCUCAUUUCCAAGCUGCGCUCCUGUACACCACUGCUAGCGGACAGCGACGAGUAAGAUGCAUCAACAUCGUUGCUGGCGUCAAUGAGGGCGGGAUGGAGACGAUGAAAGCAAUUGACCAAGAUGCUGUGGUCAAUAUAAUGGCCAAAGAAGGAAGUAACGCUAAUACCGGGUACAAAGCUGCCUCGAAAGUGCCUGAUAAGUCACACAAAGAUAUCCGAGCCGGGUUAACUGAGAGGACUAUCGAUAUCCUUGCGGGCUACCGAAAGAAUUUCUCUCUGUCACAUCCUCCCGGACAGCUUGUUUUGCCAGAGAAUAUGAAGGAGUUUGCCAUGUAUAUACUAAGUUUGAUAAAAUGUCGUGCUUUCAAAGCUGGCCAUGAGACUUCCGAUCGUCGGGUCCAUGACACGCGUAUGCUUCGUUCAUUCGGUUGUAAUGAACUUGCUCUUUAUCUAUAUCCUCAUAUUAUUCCAAUUCAUAAUUUACGCCCAGAAGACGGCUUCGCCAAUGAGCAGGACCAACUCCAAGUUCCUCCAGCACUCCGAGCAUCCUUCUCACGCAUCGAAGAAGGAGGUGCUUACCUCGUGGAUAAUGGCCAGAUUUGUCUCCUUUGGCUUCAUGCUCAAGUUUCCCCAAAUCUUCUGGAGGACCUCUUUGGCCCUGGUAAAACAACACUACAGUCUCUUGAUCCCAACAUUUCAUCCCUUCCUUUGCUGGAAACCCACCUGAAUGCCCAAGUGCGGAAUAUUAUUCAAUAUCUCUCCACCAUUCGCGGCUCCAAGUCGGUAACGAUACAGCUUGCUCGGCAAGGGAUAGAUGGCUCCGAAUACGAGUUUGCGAGACUUCUUCUCGAAGAUAGAAACAACGAUGCUCAAAGUUACGUCGACUGGCUUGUGCAUAUUCACCGACAGAUCCAACUUGAACUUGGAGGUCAGCGAAAAAAGGAGGAGGGCAGUGCCGUUGCCUCAGGGGUGGAAAAUUCUUUGUCUGGAUUGAGUGGGUUAAGGCCCCCAUAUUGGUGAUUUCGACGGAUUUUGCAUACACAAUCAUGGAUUUAUGAUUUCCACAAGUGAAAAUUCAUUAUUAUUUUCCAUCCUUGAUUUCUAUCAUGUAAGGGGAAA